AUGUAUGCCCUGCCCGUGGGAAUCGUUUUCCUUUGCGUGGCGACGAUCACGGUCGCGCUGCGACUGUAUACACGGUUGAGGUUGGUGAGGAAGCCAGGAUGGGAUGAUUUGUUGAUUGUGGUGUCGUUGGCGACUGAUAUAGUGUUCUUUGCGUUUUUGGUUAUAGAAAGCCAAAACGGCCUCGCCGAAAACGAAGCAGAUCUUCCGCCGGAGGUAGUGAGGAGACAACUCAAGGCCCUCUGGAUAACAAUCCCCCUCUACAACCUCACCCUCACCCUCACAAAACUCUCCCUAAUCUUCCUCUACCGCCGCCUCUUCCCAACACAUACCUACCGCAUCCUCCUCAUCCUCACCCUCAUCUUCGUCAUCAUCACCGGCCUCUGGAUGGUCCUCAGCACCCUCCUCUUCUGCAUCCCCAUCAACGCCUUCUGGGAUACUUCCCUGCCCCGUACAUGUCUCCCCGAGGAUGUGGUCUGGUGUCUCAACGCCGCGUUCCAAAUCACUACGGAUUUGAUCCUUGUGGUAUUGCCGUUGCCGAUCCUGGCGAAGUUGAAUCUGCCAAAGAGGCAGAAGGCUGCCUUGUUGGUUAUUUUUGCUUUGGGGUUUUUUGUCUGCGCAACAAGCAUCAUCCGCCUAACAACCAUCGUCCGACUCCUCCGAGAUCCUGACUUUACCUGUACUCACCCCUACCCCCAUUUAUCAAUCAAACCCACAUACUAA